GUAGUAGACUGCUGACUGCAAUGACGAUGCACUGGAGUUUGUGGCGUUUUCUGUGAGGUAAUUUUCUCGAGUUUUUACCGGUUUUUAACUCAAAAGGAGUAUCAAUGGGUUUGAAACGAUGUUGACAAGUGAUUGAACUUAUCAAAGGUAAGAAAGAGAACGUUCCUUUGUUUAUAUAAGCUUAUGCAUAUCAAAACUUUGUAUAUUUGCCUUUUUUUUCAAAGUACUGUUGUCUUGAGUACGUAGUGUGUUUACGUCCGUGUGGAAUAUGGUUAGUUCUUUUCUCUGUUAUUCAUCUAUUGUUGGCUGAUACACAGUAUUGUUUUACAUUUUGUUCUUGUUUUUUUCUUUCGUCUCUUGCCGGUUCUCGGUUACACAUUUCGAGUGUACAGCCGUUAUGAAGGGGGAGGGGAUCACAAAAUAGCAGACCCCCCGGACACUCCACUCCCGAUAACUAUCUGGAAAAAGAUAGGUGGUGCCUUGGAUCAGACAAACUUUUCCGCUUUUCUUUAGUUAGAGUUGCUCUCAGGGGCUUAUCAAAUUUUUUUUACAGGUAUAUGGGCCAUAACCGGGAGGAGGGCUUACAAGCAGCAGUUUACGCGGGGGGGGGGGGGGGGGGGGGGGGUACUCUAGGACUUUUUGGGUGGAGAUGUGUCACUGGGACCAUGGAACCCUUAGCCUAUACCAGAGCUACUUCAGCUGAAUUCUCCUACCCUACACUCAUCAAAUCCCUCCCUAUCCUAUAGCAGCUUUUAGGCUAAGUUGCACAAAUUUAAACUUGUCGAUUUGAUUUUUUUUGAGUGGAAAUUCCCGGUUUCUCUAUUCUAGACUAAAAUCUUCAAUUAAUUGAUCAGUUUUGUGGAAAAUGUUCAUCCUAUUCUAGACCCAAACUCUCUGAUUUAUAUACCCUAUCCCAGAGUAAACUGCCUGAAAACCAUACCCUUCACAGUGGCACAUACCUGUAUAGCCCAUAUAUGGCAGUACCCCUCCCCCCCCACCCCGCCCGGGAGUUUAUGGUAUCAGUUUUUUAUUUUAAAAUCCAGAGAUCGUUAUUAACUCAAUUUUUCGUUUUUUUUUUUCAGAUAGUUGCAUUGAUACCUAGCCACAACAGUCAUGGAUGACAAAAACAAAAACCCGUCAGAAGUUGCUCAAAAUCCAUUUGCUGCUCUCUUUCCAUCAGUUGAAAAAGCUGAAGAGUACAGAAAGCAGCAUGGUGAAGUCAUUGCUGUCCAUAGUCCAAAGGAAAACACAGUCUCAAAGAUACAACCAAUAUCAGUGCUGCUAAGAGAUGUCCAAGAAAUUGAGUCUAAAAAUGAGGCAGGACACACUACUACUGCAGAUAUCGUAAUUGAUGAGAAAGAAAGAGCUUGGAUCUUGAAUGAUCUACUUCAGCGUGUAUUUCUCAUCACAGUAGAUAAUGGUAAUAAUUAUGACAAUAAUAUUAAUUUGUAUUAUAUGGCUCCAAUAGUACGUGCACUCUGGUUAGCAUUAUUUUCUUGUAAUGACCGGUCAUUUCUAGCUAGGUGUCCAAGGCAUAUUAUGAUAUGCAUCUGUGUUUAACUUGAUAGUGGACAUCCCUAUAGACAUCCAUGUUUAAUGGUCAAUUGACAGCUGUCAAAAAGGGUAUCUGCUGACCAGUGUCACAUGUCUGUAUAAAUGGGCUCAAGAGUACAACUCGAUUUCCCUGUAAUGACCUCAUUCUUGGUUAAUAAGUGGCAUAUAUCUAACGAUUAUUUUUAGAUAUUUAAGAUCUGUCCAAAAAAUGUCCUUCUAUACUAAACUUCAUUAGAAGCAGAAUGCAUUCUUUGAGCAGAACAUUUUGGAAGAAAAAUUUUGCUUCUUAGGUCCAAUUCUGGACAGAGAUUAAUAUCAUCAGCUGGAUAGGGCGCUGUACCUUUCAAACAACUGGUCGUAGGAUGAUACAAAUUUUAUAAACAUAAUUAAUUUGUAUUAAAACUGAAACAUUAAUGGUAAUACUCAGUAAUAGCCACCUUUGACAUUGUAAUACAAUUCUUGAUUAUUAUUUUUUAGAUAGUGAUAGGAUAGGGAAAAGACAGUAUGGUGGUUUACCAAAGAGGUGUGUAUAUCUGAGGAAUACUGCUUCUGAUGGUGAAGUUCCAGUCCUUCAGUGGAUCAACAUUGAUGAGGUGUGUGGUUAUAUUUUCUGUUCACAAAACGUAAACCACCAAAGUGACUUUUGAAUCUUCAAGGUUUUAUCACCUGUAAAUGUGGUUAAAAUCACAUUUGCUACAAUACGUUACAUGUACAUUGUACUUCAAUGGCUUGUAAACCUUUCAAAAAUGAAAACAUUACCCUCAGUCUUGAAAGCAAAAUAACUACUGUUUUGUUAGAGGGCUAAGAUAAAUUUUCAAGAACUUUAGGCAUUCUGAUUCCAAAUUUGUGAAGUCCUCAUUACAGUAAGAUAACAGUUUCAGUUGUUUAUUUUGAGUAAUUUUCUUUAACAAUAGCCUAUUGUUAGGAAACAAUGCAUGUAGUUGAGAUUUCUAUACUUAAAUAUGAAGGCAUAGUAAAUCUCACUAAUUGAAAGCUCUUGAUAUAGAUGUUAUAUUACAUGUGUAAGUACACCAUGUUACCAUGGUGCCAUUGAUUGUGAAGGGGGAGGCAACAUCACCAUGGCAUUUGAUUGGGGAUCAUGGUUAGGUUCUUUUCAAUAAAGGUGCUUUGACAUUAUUUUUCUGGGAUAAAUGUUAUGUCCAUUGUGAGGCUAUUAAGUACAUUUAUUUUUGUUUUCAUCAGGCUAUCAUGGAGAGACUGUCAAUGUCCCAUCCACGGAACCAUGUCAUGAUUACUGGUGGUGCCCGCUUGACAUCACUCACUGCUGAGAUUGAAGCAGGCGAAGUGGCUAUUGUAAAGUACCUUGCUUCAUGCUAUAGACGAGCUUUUGAUGAAUGCUCAAAAUGGAAGGUUUGAAGUUUAUUAGCAUUGUCCAAGUUCCCUUUGUUACACUUGUUUGCUUGGUCCUAGCUUAGCAGCAAGAGCUUAAGUUUCCCAGAAAUACUGCAACUUAUAUUUAAAAACAUUAGUCUACCAUAUCAUCAAGCACACUUAAAUUGUCUGUAUGAUAGACAAUGUUUGGCCCUUUGAGUUAAUCAAUUUGGUUUUUAGUAAUAACGGUGACAAACGGUGAUAUUAGAUGAGUGAAGUACAGUGUAGUAAAAGGUCGAUUGUUAUUGUUUUAUUAUUUUACAUCCAAAGGUAAAAGAUUUGACUCUCCUGGAAAUGGCAGAAAGAGCAAAAACUCUGGCACUUUCAUAUGCAGGGUGAGGAAUUUAUUUUAUUAUAUAACCACCAAAUUAUAAAAUUCCAGGUGAUCUUUGACGUGAAAAGAUCACUGUUGCUAUGCUACUGUAUAUGGCUACAUGAUAAAUUGUGCCUUUUGCAGCAAAAAAAUGUAUAUAUAAUUUAAGUGAAGAUGGUUCAUGUUAUUUUAUUGGUGUUUAUAUGAUACACGGCUGCUUGAAAAACAAAAACAAUGCGAAAUUUUAUAUGUCUGUACAGCCAUGUAAAAUUCAACAGGUUCUUUGAUUAUGUUUUACAAUAUUUUAUUAUACUGAAUUGAAAGCUAAAGCUAACUAUGCUAACUUGAAUAAUUUCUUCAAGACUUAUUGAUAACGUAAAAAGCUAUGAAGUGAAGUGCACAGAUAUAUCUCACAUCCAGAGAAAUCAAAGUCAACCUAAAAGAUUUUAGCUGCAAAAAGCGGUUGCACAAGACAGAAAGUGUUGGUCAGACAGCAUGGAGGCUUGACGCGCAUACUGGCGCGAUAAGACAUAAUGAUGAUGAUGAUGAUGAUGAUGAUGAUGAUGAAACCCUGACCUGGAAGGCCAGGCAUUGCAAAUAUACUUCAACAUCUUUAUUGAAUUGGCCACGGUGACUCAACACCGUGACAGGGAAUGAAACAAGACUUGCGUCCCAAUUCAUUUUCACCCAGCCCAUUUAACAGUUGUACCACACCACCAGGGUCUAUGCUGCCUACACUUUACAAACAGCAGUGUGGGUUCUUUAUGUCCCACAAGAAUCAGAACAGUGAAAGAGCUGUGAGACAGGGCCUACAGUUUUUCAUCCUUAUCUGAGAGGACUAAUGUCACAACCAAGGCAGCACAUUCUCCUCAGACUCUUCAAGACUCUGAGUGUUGAUCUUGCUGGUGUUUGGACCCAUGACCUCCCGCUCAGCAGACCGGCACUUAUCCAAUAAUUUAUUGAGCUAACAGGGCAGCGAUAUUUCUCUAGUCUUCCACCUAAAACCUCCUUAGCACAGAUAAAGCUACCAGGGACCAAGGUCCCAAAUGGCAUACAGUGUAGCUUCCAGGAUCAACAAGGCACACAAACCUCUCCAACGCAUUAACACUGGUAGCUGUCUAGUAUAUAAUAUUGUUUCACAUAAAUUAAUUAGCUCUGGCUGCAAACUUUGUUACAUAAUAUCUCAGAUAUUGAAAAAUAAGCUUGAUUUUUUACCAUGAUCAUUGCUUUUCUUUUGUAGAACUUGUUUGUUGAGCCCUGAAAUGUUUUCCAAGGCAGAUCCUCACAAGCAACUCUUUCAACUACUGUUGGCUAUACAAGGUUUGAGAAAAAAACUUAUUAUAUGAGACAAUGAUGCAAAUGGCCUGAGAAUCUGCUGACAUUUUGUGAUGCCACCUCUGGUUUACCUCAAAAUUAAGUCUGAGAAACAAGCGCAGAAAUUUCAUUCUGAUGACGCAUCACUAUGCAGAUCUGGGUGGUGCUUCUGAUGGGUUGGAGAAAAUUUCUCAUUCAGCAGAACCAAUCAGAAGUACCACUCUGACUUGAAAAGUGAUGGGUCAUCAAUAUGGAAUUUCUGUGCUCAUUUCUCUGACAUCAUAAUUCGGUGGUGUCGCAAAAUGUUGGCCGUUUUCUCAAGCUAUGAAGCAAAACAUAGACCUAUAAUGAAAGCCCAAUUUUGGUUUCUAACACGGGAUAAAGGCAAUUUCCAAAAUAUGCCCUUUGCAGGUAGCAGUGUUCUUAC